AUGGGGACGACUCCCGCCCAAGUAGCACUGUGUCUGCUUUUGCUUUCGGUAACCUGUGUUAUUGGCCAGCUUGUAAGGGGAUGGCCAUCGUUGCAGAGAAGAAAUUCGCUGGACUCAAGUGUUGGGGAGAAAAAUGCCAGAAUUAUCGGUGGUAGAGAUGCUCCCAUCGCCGAGUUUCCCUAUCAGUUAUCGUUACGCCGAAGUGGGGUCCAUGCGUGCGGUGCGUCUAUUAUUGCAAUCCGCUGGGCACUAUCGGCGGCUCAUUGUACCUUCCCGAUACCGGAGCUUGAUGUGUUAACACUAAGAGCAGGAAGUGCCAAUCGCUUGAUUGGAGGAACCAUCUACACGGUUGCACAGGUGAUCAAUCAUCCGCGAUACAAUGAGUACACAAUCGAGUAUGACGUGAGCUUGUUGCGAACAAAUUUGGAUCUCGUGGGACAGUUCAUUAGUGCCGUAACACUACCACCCGCAACCAGCGGGUACGCUCCCGGUACGCGAGCGAAUGUUACCGGAUGGGGACUUCAAUCCGUACCCGGACCAUUGCCAAUGCAGCUACAAUGGAUCGACGUACCGUUGAUAAGCACGGACGACUGUCGUAAGAGGUGGCCUUCUGAAUGGAUAACUCAGGAUAUGCUCUGCACAGACGAAAUCGGUCGUGACACGUGCAACGGCGAUAGUGGAGGCCCACUGGUGGUGAACGGAUACCAGAUGGGUGUUUCGUCGUGGGGGUCAUCCGAUUGCUCGGGUAACAUGCCCGCUAUAUACGCCAACACAGCCGAUCCGGUCGUUCGGAGCUUCAUCCAGGACAAUACAGGAAUUUAGACACCUGCAAAUAGUUUAAUAAACGCUCUCACUUCGUCGUUGGCCACCGAAGUAUACACUCCCGGGAGAUUGAUGGCACAGGU